AUGUCGAACCAACGCUCUUACGACCAAUAUGGCCGUAGCGCCUACGACACACCUUCGCAGCAGCAAGCACAUUCGUACGAUUUUGCGCAUGGAGCAGCUGGAGACCUUUCCGACCCGUAUCACACGGAUGCCCGCACGCAGUACGGCGCAUAUGAUCCUCGCUCUCCAUACAGCUCCACCGGUCCGUCUUCGCAGUACGAGCCCCAGGAUAGCCCUUCAAACUAUGCGUACGCACAUCAGGGAGAGCACAUGGCGUCUGCGCCAUCUCCUCGCUCAGCAGCACGACGCACACAAGCAGCAGUGGACCAAAUGAGCCGCAUGCAGCUUCGAGAUGGCACCGGCCAAAGCGUGGGCGACUCAAGCUACGACCACUACCAGCAACAGCAACAACGCCCGCACCACGCAUCGACGCAGUCCAGCUACGAAAGCAACGUUGAUCGACCACUGAAGUACUCUCAGAACGGCGCAUACCCGUACGCUCAGCAGUCAUACACCGCAGGCUCGACUGCGAGGCAGAACGAAGCCGCCCGCUACAAUCGGAACGACGCAAACGAUCUCUCCUCAAGACCGCCGGAUCCGCCGUCGUCAGCAGGAACACAUCCAGCCCCUUCCUAUCGUGCCGUGAGCGAACCCAACGACCGACCAGUAUCGUCUUCAGCUAGCGGCAUCAUCAGCUUGUAUACGGAUGACGCGGGCACUCCGCUGGUCGACCAGAUGUCGAGCUUCCAUACUUUCUCCUCCGACGCGUCCGGCUCCACAGACUAUACCUCCGCCAGCAUUGCUCCUGAUCGAGUCCGCUCGGCCCAUCAGCCAUCACAACGCAAAGGCCGUCCUCUUCCCGUCACCCCGGCUGUCAAGCGGACAGAAUACGCUCCCGAGCCAUAUCAAGCCGCCUCGUCAGGGUCUAGAAACACGACCAACGCACCGGCUUCGCCCACUUAUUCGACCCAGGGGAAUGGAGUCGACUCGUAUGUACAGCAAGGGUACGUCAACUCGAACUCCCCGCAACCCAGUGCUUGGUCGCCCCCAGUCACUCCCUCUGCCGGUCAACAUAAUCAAGCUCGUGCAGUCUCGUCCGCGACGUAUUCUGCGCCAUCUUGGAGUCCAGCUUCGACGACGCAAGGCACUCCCAACAGCUCUUACAGCCAUCGUCCGCUGCCCUCCACCGCUGCAUCCUUAGAUACGUCCUUCUCGCCACCUCCGAAGGAUGUUGCCACUGCCUCGCCGCUGUCGGCCUUCCGUUCUCCGUCAUACACGCAACAAAGCACUCGAUCGGCAUGGUCGCAAGCCCACAAUCGAGGCGAAUCGGAUCAACGAAGCUUCCAAAACACGUACGCGAACCAAACGCACACGGUCGAUUCUGCCUAUGACCCGGACUCGCGCGAAGUCCCUAGUCCAAAUAGAGCCGCCUUCCGUCAGCGCACACAAAGCGAGGCUUCCGAGUUGUCGCUCAAGCCAAGCAGAUCUCAUCGUCAGCCGCUGCCGCCCAUCCCUAACUCCGCGAUCCCUUCGCGCCAGAACGACUCGUUAGGGAAAGGCUAUCCGACCAAUUCGCCGGCGGCGCAGUAUGGACACCAUUCAACUCCGGAUCAGGAGCCAGCGCGAAUCCCCUCACAACGGUUCGCCUCACAACCUUCCAUUCAGCGUCAGACCAGUUACGGCCAAACUUCCCAGCCCAUGUCGCGGCCACCUGCGCAGCCAAGAAGCGCGAGCUACAAGACAGACGAUAAAGCUCCAAAACACGGCCACGAGCGAUUCGAUUCGCUUGCGUGGGAGCCUGUCAAUAGCCCACGCUCCGCCGCCAUGCGAGCCCUUCAGCCCAGUGCGCCCUCGAGCUCCGGGCGCCCUCGCCGAGCGCUGGAAUGGUCUCUCCUCUCCACGGUGGCCCUCCUCCUGCGUGCCAAUGUGCCGCGCGGGGUUCAAAUCAAGGGAAGCAUCGACUAUCCCAACAGUUUCACCGGCAAGGAUGUCGUCUCGACGCUGCAGGACUUGCUCGGCUCAGACGAGGUAGGGUCGCGGCAUGCUCUCGUGGUCACAGGCGACCGGUCCAAUCUACGUCAUGUGGCCCUCUCUCUGGCCAAGUCGCUCAAAAGCCAGCUCUUCUUCCACGAGGUUGACUGGGGCGAGAACGAGCUGACGGACGACGUCGACAUGGUCUAUACUUUCCUCGAAGACAGUCUCGCGGACGUCGGUUCUGCUUCAGAGGAUCCCGACGACUGGGCGGCUGGUCUCAAUCACAACUCCGCCUUCGACUCGAAUCUGCAGCUGUCCGUCGGAGGAGGCGCGACCGGGCGCGAUCCGCGUCGCAAACCAGCGCGCGUCACGGAUCUCGACGAUCUGCCCAACGGCGUCUUCACACCGCUCACACAGUGUUACAGUCCGCUCUGCGUUCCUGGCAGAUCAUCCUCGUGCUACAGUCCGUCCUGUCCAAAUUCGGGCUCCAGUCCGUUGCGCCUGACGGUUACGGACAUGGAGAGCAGAGCUGCCGCGAUCGGAGGUGUCCUCGAUCGCGGUCUCUCCGCGGACCAGACGCAAAAGAAGGCUUGGGCAGAGAUCGUCCCGCCCGAAUUGCUCAAGAGUGUCCCGCCUGCCGAAGUCGCACGGCAGAAUGCAAUCCUAGAAACGAUCCAGAAGGAGGAGGAAUUCCUAGCAGACCUCGAGUUGCUCGACUCCCUCUUUGUACAAGGGCUGCAGAGGCCAAGCGAUGCCGGCGAUCCUCCACCGCUGCCCAUCGGCCCGGAACGCGACGACUUCAUCCGCGAGGUGUUUGGCAAUCAUCGCGAGCUGGCGGUUCACAUUCGCGCCUUAGUGGAGCGUCUGCACAUCCGUCAGAGGGAGGAAAACCCCAUCGUCCAGACCAUCGGUGACUUGUUCUUAAGUGCUUCGCUCGACUGGGGAGAUGCCUACACCGCUUAUCUCGUCAACUACCCUCUCGCCAUCAGCAGAGUCAAGCGCGAAAUGACGAUCAACCCACGCUUCAAAGCGUUUGUAGAGGCGUGCCGACGCCACCCAGCAGCACACAAACAUCCGCUCGAAAAUUUCCUCUUCCGACCACCCGCACGCUUGCAGAGGUACCAUCUGCAUCUCGAAUCCAUCCUCAAAAAGACCGAGGAAGGCAAUCACGAUCGCGAUAGCCUGCAGAAUGCCAUCGAUAUUAUCAACGAUCAGUGCAAAACGUCUCAAGCGGGCGUCGAGGCGGCCGAACUCAAGGUCAAGAUCCGCGAGUACGCCUACAACCUGUCGUCCAAGAGGAACAAGCACGCCAUCGAUAUGGACCUCUUGAAUCCGGAACGUCAGCUCAUCCACCAAGGCAGGGUGCUGCGAAAGCCAGAUGCCUUCGAUUUCGACUGGACCGAGCUUAUGGCAAUCCUCUUUGACAACUAUUUCAUCGUCACCAAGCAGAAGCGCAUCGCCGAAGGUCCUGACGAUGACGGCUCUAAUGUCGCUUCUUCGUCGCCAUCAGCGGGCGCUCGCUUUGUGCUCGCAAAGAGGCCGAUUCCCGUCGAGAUGCUCGAAGUGAGCGGCCUUACCGACUCGUCCAUCUCGCGAUCCAUCGGACUAAGCAAUUUCCACAUCAGCCGCGAACGAGAGGCCCGCGACUUUUGGCCUCUGACCAUCUCGCAUCUGGGCGGCAAGAUCGAGCCGAUCACGCUGUACGCGCCUUCGAAAGCCGCGAGAGAUCAGUGGAAGGCCAAGUUGGACGAAGCGAUCGGUCUGCGCACGGCGGUCCAGGAUUCCCAUAAAGUGUUCGACCAGCACGUCUUGAGCGACGACAUCUUCGCCAUACCGCCCUCGAUGAGCUUGGAACCGGACAAACCCGUGCCAGGAGUCGACGCGAGCGUCUUUCACGGACGCGUCUCAUGCGCCGUGCCCUUUGUCACUGCAGACGGGCGGCGGCUGGUGGCUGUUGGAUGCGCCGAUGGAGUCUGGAUCGGCCUGCGAAGCGAUCCGAAGUCGCUACGCAAGGUGUUGCACCUGAAGCACGUUACGCAAUGCGCCGUGCUCGAAUCGUUCGGCAUAUUUGUGGUUCUCGCCGACAAGGUGCUCAUCUCCUACAGCCUCGAGGCGCUCGUGCCUACGACAGCCAGCAGCGCUUCGAUGCUCCGCCCGCCACAGAAGCUGAGCGGCAAUCGAGACGUGCUCUUCUUCAACGUCGGCGUGCUCAAGGACCGCACGCUGCUCAUCUACAUGAAGAAGAAGGCCAACGAGAGCGUGUUCCGAGCCCUCGAACCGGUGCUCAAUGCGCCUCGCGGCAGCGAGGGCAAAUCCGGCUCGAGCUUCUUUGGCAAGUUUGGCAAAGACUCAAAGAAUUCCGACUGGUUCCGAAUCUACAAGACCUUCUUCAUCCCUUCGGAAGCCUAUUCGAUCCAGUUCCUCAAGUCGAAGCUCUGCAUCAUUUGCGCCAAAGGUUUCGAGAUCAUGAAUCUCGACAGCCUGCUGCCAGGCACCAUCCCGGACUUUGUACACGCCAAUCGCGAAGAUGUCCGCGUGCAGCAGCUGCAGAAGCGUGUCGAGACGGCGAAACCGCUGGGGAUGAACAAGACGGCGGACGGUGACUUUCUGCUCUGCUAUGAUGCAUUUGCCUGUUACGUGGACCGUCUCGGCGAGCCGACCCGCUUGGAACAGAUCAUCGAGUGGGAAGGUUUCCCCAAGCAGGUCGCCUUCUCUGGCAACUAUGUGCUCGCAUUCGAUUCGCGCUUCGUCGAGGUGCGAGAUGCGCUCACGGGACGUCUGGUGCAGAUCAUGCGGGGUGUCGACCUCAACUACGUCUCUGGCAACAGCACGGUCACCUCGUCUCACUCGGAGAGUGCGCAGGUAGCGGCGCUCGAUGCAGAGGCGAACCCAGUCAUCCUCACUCGGCGAGAGCGCGUGGCGGGACGCAUCCCCUUCGACUUUCAGAAAGUGGCCGAAUUGAGCCCCACGGAGCCGGCUCUAGAAAAAUCGUACGCUCCGGCCUUUCAACGAACUACGACGGUGUUGUCUAACGGCAGCAGCCUGAGCGGCCGUCCUUCGGGUAGGCCAUCCGUGGCGAGCACCAGCAACUGGAUUUGA